AGGCAACAGCCUGGCGUUUGGACUGCUUUCAGAACUCCAAUCAUCUAUUUGGUAGAAGUUUAGUCUGUUGCGAUGAAUGAAGUGCAGCGCCCUCGCUCCUUGAGCCGUAUCACAAUUGGUACGGUGUCAGAAAGCGAUGCCGAGUACUUGGACGCAACGGAACACAUUACUUAUGGUGACUCACUGGAACUGCUGGACACAAUUGCCGAAACACAAAUUACGUUGAAUUUGUUUCUCAACAAUAAGUUCGCCUUAGCCGAAGAAAGGAUGGCACAAUUAGCUGACAGAAGCAUGUACCACGCAUUAGGCUACAGCAGUAUCGUGUUUAUCAAGGCAAUGAUGACGUGCGACAAGGGUGAUUUGGAUAGAGCGAUGCAAGUCUGCAAAGAUGCUUGCACUGUCAUAGAACGAUUUCGUCAGAAAUUUAGCUUUAGCGAUACUUUUCUCAGUCUUGGAGGCAGAACGUCAAGAGUCAUUACUGACGAAGAACUACAUGCUGAGUUAUGCUACGCAGAGUCGUUACUGAUCCGAGCCGCUUUGUCUUUUUUUCAAGAUGACAAUUUUGCUAGUUUUAUCAGAGGAGCUUUGCGGAUACGAAGCUGUUAUCAAAUUUAUAGGUACUGCGAACGCUUAAUGAUGGAUGAAUCUUUGUGGAUAGGACGUGAUUAUCGCAUUAGGGAGCAUUUCGAAGCGGGUGUUUUGAUGGGUCUAGGGACAUUUAAUCUUAUGCUCUCCACCCUGCCUUCUAAGGUGUUACGGUUGCUGGAGGUUGUCGGAUUCUCAGGCGACAAGGUAAUUGGCAUGCGAGAACUGCAUCGAUGCGCAGCUAUGACGAAUACAUUAAUGGCGACUUUCAGUGUAAUGUUGUUACUUGCGUGGAACUUGAUUGCUUGUUUUAUGUUUGGGGCUGGUCAACCCGAUCUAGCGCUAUGUCAACGACUAAUCCCAUCUCUUAUGAGCAAAUACCCCAAGGGUGCAAUAGUAUUGUUUCUCCGUGCUCGACUUUUACUGGUUUCUGGCGAUAUAGAUUCUGCUAUCUACUGCUUUAAUAUGUCCAUACAGUCUCAACAAGAAUAUAAGCAAUUUCACCAUGUCGCCUAUUGGGAGUUGCUGUUCGCACAUUGCUAUCUGGGCCAAUGGGCAAAGUCAGCAAACUAUGCUAAACUUCUCGUGAAUGAAUCUAGAUGGUCGAGAUGUGUCUACACAUAUCUGCUGUGCAUUCUUUUCGCAGCCGACACUAGCUGUGAAUCUUCUAAAAGGGAUGAGACCGUAGAAGCACUUGCAAAGAAGGUGGAUGGGCUUCGACAGAGAAUAGCAGGCAAAUCAAUUCCGGUAGAGAAGUACUGUGCUAGGAAAGCAAACCGUUUUGUGACGAAGAAAUCAUUGAUGUUUGCGCAUUAUGAAUUCAUGUACUUCUGGGGUGGAUUUGAGAUCGUUGCCAAUAAUUUGCAUGUGAUGCAAGGAAUCCUAGAAGAUCUCGAAAGCAUCUGGGCGCUGAGGAAAUCGGGCGCGGACGCAGACGAUCGUGCAUUGUACUUUUUUCUCAAAGCUGUAUGCUUGCGAAAUCUUCGACAACCUGCAGCAGCUGAAGUUGCAUUACAGGAAGUCUUGAGACUAGAAGAUGAUCUCGUUGAUUUUGCAUACCUGCCACCCAACGCUCUCUACGAACUUGCUCUUAUUCGAGUUGCUGACGGGAUGCGUGAGGAGGCCGAAGCACUCCUAGCAAAGGCGCGAAGCUUCAAAGGCUUUCCACUGGAGAACAAGUUGCACUUCCGCAUUCAUAGUGCUAUGGAGAAUCUUGGAGCACGAACACCUAUGGUGUGACCUGGCUGUUUUUCGCUUGUGAUUGUUGCACGGGUAUUUGUAUAUUCCUCCAGUUUUCUCAGCGUGUAAUCCAGGUAUUUGCUUCGUUCGAUGUGGAAAUCAGGGUAUCCAAGGUUAGCUUGAAGGCAACUUUGCCAUUUGCAAAUAAGCUGUGAAACAUCUGUAAUUAACUUAACCUGUGAUCUGUUCAUCGACGCUCAUCCCCAUACAUCACCGAACC